UCCAAAGGUCGCCACUUGGUGGCUACUCAGGAUAUUGCACAUGGAGAGCUCUUGAUAGGGGAAGAAGCCUAUGUCAGUGUGAUUAUUCCUGACAGAAAGCCAAGCAGCAUUAAAGCUACAUGGGAUGUCAGUGUUACUAACUGUGAUCUUUAUUGUCACCACUGCCUACAAAGGAGUUUGACCUCCCUACCUUGUCACCAGUGCAGUUUUGCCAGAUAUUGUAGCCCUAACUGUAGAGAUGUGGCCUGGAAGGGGUAUCACUAUGUGGAAUGCUCAUUGGGUAGCUGUCUUCUUGCUCUAGGUGUGUUCUGCCACACAGCACUGAGGACAGUCUUACUGGCUGGCCUCAGACAGGUUUUUGAGGUCUUUCACCAGGCGCUGGAUGUGAAGACUAAAGCUCAGGACAGUGUAAGUGGGAUCAUUUAUAAUGAGCAGUAUUGUAGCAACUAUAAAUCUUUAUUUACUCUCCAAGCACACCCUGAACUUCAGAAUGAGGAGCAGAAGUUUCUUUAUGGCCUUACAAGUGCAGCUUUGUGUAAGAAAUUAUGUCCCGACAUCCUGAAAACAAGCAUGGAAGCAUCAAGUCUAAAUGCAGAGACGACAACAGAAAAAGAACAAUCAGAUAUGCACAUAAAUUGGUUCAACUAUAUUCUUUCACAUGCUCCAGCUCCAUUGCAAUGCUCAAGCAGUGACAGUCCUCCAACAGGAUUUUGAUGAAACUGCUGCCUCAGUAGUGGAAAGCAGCAAGUUCUCCCGUCUUGCCACUGCAGUUUUUCCAGUUCUAAGCUUGUUAAACCAUUCAUGUGAACCAAACACAAGUGUAUCCUUUCAAGGUAGAUGUGCAAUGGUUAGAGCUUGUAGAGAAAUCAGAAGAGGGGAGGAGGUGGUCCACUGCUAUGGUGAGUUUUUUUAA